UUGUGUCAUAUACGGAAAAAAAAAUAAAAAUAAUGUCUCAUAUAUGUCGGUAAAAAAAUAAAAAAACAAUGAAUCACGGGUAUAACGGUACUACAAAUUCGACGACGGUGCGUGCUUAGAGUAACACAAUUAACCGCACUCAUGGCUUUAUCUUCGUCGUCGCCGUCGUCGCCGAAGGGUAUUGUCGUCACCGUUCCGGUUCUGGUAUUAUCGGCGGCAGCGGCGGCGAUCUUCCUCUUCUUCCUCAUGUCUUCUCUCUCCUCAUGUUCUUGCCCCACCGCCAUAACCACCACCGCCGUAUCGGCCGGUGGCGACACCAAGAGUGUGAAUUCGGGCGGCGGCGGAGGUUCUGGAAGAUUCGGAGGGCGGAUCACGCCGACGGCGGAGGAUUUAGAGUGGGUGAGGAGUCAGAUCGAAGCUAACGGACUCCAUAUGCAGCAGAAUAUACUUCGGAAAGGGAUCAACCCUCGCACUCGCACUCAACAGCUCCAAGAUUUGAUUAAUUUCAAGGGCAUAUCACACUAUGAAGGGGAUCAAUUAAACAAUCACACAUCUCUACCUUGCCCUGGUGAGCUCCUUGUAGAAGAGCAUCACAGCAACUAUGGAGAGCCAUGGGCUGGAGGGCGGGACGUGUUUGAAUUCCUUGCGGACUCUGCCCACCUAGCACCGGAUUCACGGGUUCUUGAGAUUGGAUGUGGCACACUUCGUGUUGGCUUGCAUUUCAUUAGGUACUUGAACCCAGAGCACUUCCAUUGUCUAGAGAGAGAUGAGCUUUCUUUAAUGGCCGCAUUUAGGUACGAGCUCCCGUCUCAAGGUUUAUUGCAGAAGCGACCUCUCAUUGUGAAAGGUGAGGAUAUGGAUUUUAGCAAGUUUGGAUCGGGAGUUGUGUAUGAUUUGAUCUAUGCUAGUGCAGUUUUUCUUCACAUGCCUGAUAAGCUUGUUUGGGUUGGUUUAGAAAGGUUAGCUAAUAAAUUGAAACCUCACGAAGGUCGGAUAUUUGUGUCACAUAAUAUAAAAUUCUGUUCACGGUUGGGAGGAGAUGAGUGUACCAAGAGGCUAUACAAUCUAGGGCUUGAGUAUCUUGGGAAGCACACGCAUGACAGCUUACUUUUCAAUCACUAUGAGAUCUGGUUCGAGUUUAGGUGGAAUAGGGAUUAGGAUUCUUUGGAUUUAAUGUUUGGUUUAAUUAUUGUUGCUUAUGAAGCAAGCAGUGAAGCUGCAAAUUUGAAUCUGUGAAUCUUGGGGUUGCCUCUCAUUUUUUGGCGAGAUUUUCGGAAGGUUGAGUGUCAAUAUCAUGUUGCUGGAAGAGAGAUGGCUGACAACAUGUAUUUAAUGACCACGGAUCAUCAAUUUGUGUAGGAGACUACUUUGUAUUUUUUAACAGAACGAUUACAUGUGAGUUUGAGCUUUAGGUAGUCAAUGCUGAAUGCAAUGGCAAAUUGGCCAUUUAAUAGAAUGUCUCAUUAUGUAUUUGCUAGUUUAACUUUGGAAUGCUACUUGCGACACAAACAUUUUAUUUUUAA